GAAGAUGAUGGAGGAACAAGUCGCUCCGAAGACCAAACAGGGGGAAUGUGAAGAGCUACUUCCUGGCGGGGAGGUCUAUGCCCUGGUUUGCUGUCGGUGCGUCUCUAUUCUCCAGUAACAUUGGGAGUGAACAUUUUGUGGGCUUGGCAGGUGCUGGGGCGUCGUCAGGAAUAGCCCUAGUCUUAUACGAAUGGUUUGUUAUUUUCCUGAUCCUUCUAUGUGGAUGGCUGUUCCUGCCUGUCUACAUAUCGGCUGGAGUAUACACACUUCCGGAGUACAUCGAGAGACGCCAUGGUGGCCGGAAGUUGAGAGUAUACCUGAGCUGCAUAGCUCUAGUCCUGUACGUAGUCUCCAAACUAGCCGUCAGCAUAUUUGCCGGGUCCAUGUUUAUCCAGAUGACCCUCGGUUGGGAUAUGUACCUGUCAAUAAUUGUAUUGCUGGUGAUAACGGCGAUAUACACAAUCUUAGGCGGAUUAACAGCAGUGAUGUACACAGAUACAUUCCAGACGGUCGUCAUGAUACUGGGAUCUCUCUCAAUUGUAAUCAUUGGGUUUGACAAAGUUGGUGGCUUGAAUGCCUUGGAAACGAAGUACAUGGCAGCCAUUCCAAAGAUCCGAAACAACGCCACGACGUGUGGCAUUCCAAAGCCCGACGCCUUCAGAGUGUUCCUUGACCCCGUCGAUGGAGACUACCCUUGGCCCGCCCUCGUCUUACAGAGCUCGAUCGGCAGUCUGUGGUACUGGUGCUGUGACCAGGUGAUUGUUCAGCGGUCUUUGGGAGCAAAGAAUCUGUCGCAUGCGAAGGGCGGGUCAAUCCUGGCCGGUUACCUCAAGACUCUUCCUCUCUUCCUCAUCGUAUUUCCCGGCAUGAUUAGCAGAGUGUUGUUCCCAGACGAGGUAGGAUGUGUAGACCCGGACGAGUGUUCCCGGAUAUGCGACAACCCGGUUGGAUGUUCAAAUAUCGCUUAUCCCAAACUAGUACUGGAGCUACUUCCGGUCGGUCUGCGUGGCCUCCUAAUGGCAGUGAUGGUGUCGGCCAUCAUGAGUUCUCUGACGUCAAUCUUCAACAGCUCCAGUACUGUUUUCACCAUGGAUAUAUGGCGCAGGGUCAGAGCCCAGGCAUCUCAGCGAGAACUGCUUAUCGUUGGCAGGCUGUUUGUGGUAGUUUUGUGCGUCAUCAGUAUUCUGUGGAUUCCACUGGUCAAGUCAUCCCAGGGUGGGAAGCUGUUCCAGUAUAUGACGGCAAUUGAAGCCUAUCUCGGAUCACCAAUCGGGAUUCUGUUUUUGUUGUCCAUGUUCUGGAAGAAAACCACGGAAAACGGGGCAUUUUGGGGUUUGGUGUUGGGUCACGUGUGUGGGCUGAUCCGCCUCGUUUUGGAGUUUGUUUACCCCCAGCCAAACUGUGGUGAAGAGGAGACACGCCCUGCCUUCCUCACAAUUAAUUAUCUCUACUUCGGUAUCUUCAUCCUCUUUAUCACGGCAGUAGCUACCAUCCUCAUCAGCAUCUUCACCAAUAAACGGACGGACGAUGAGUUACUUGGCGUUACGUGGUGGACAAAGUACAAGGCGGACACUGGCCUACAAAACCAGGACGUUGAACUGAAAGUGUCUGGCCCUCUUCAGGACACGUUAGCACAGCAGGUUGAAGCAGAAAACGACCAAAGCGUCCCCGACUCAGCUUCGUGGUUUAAACGUCUGUUUUUGACUGUUUGUGGGAGUUCGGAGGAGCAGACGACAGAAAUCGACAUCGACCAAAGAAGGAAAUUCGUUCAACAGACCAAGUGGGCUAAAAGCAUCCUUAACAUCAACGCCGCCAUACUCGUCAUGGUGGUCUGUUUUCUCUCAGGAUAUUUCAACUAGGUUAUCGUCUGUUACAGUUCCAUCAAAACUGAGUAAUUACUGAUUAACUUCUGGUAACAUUUGACCCGUUAACUACUAUUGUUAAUCACCUACUGAUUUGCGGCUGCAUCUAAACUUUGCAACCGCACAAUUACUUGCGUUUAACUCAAAGCUUAGUGAUUGUACUAUAACUUUGAAAUCUUGAGAUGUGAAAUUUUGAGUUGUAUAUUAAUGCCAUGAAGGUUUUCGACGUGGUACAGUUCAUUCAUCAGUUCUCAUACAGUGGACAUUAUCAAUAAUUGCAUCAAAUGCAUUCAGGUAUAUAGUUUUUUUUUUGAUACGUGCUCUAUUUCCUGACCCUACAGUUCAAUGUUUGUUUUACGUAGCCCGAUUGUGUUUAAGAUCAAAGGUUUCGUGUGAUCAAGAUGGAUUCUCACAACGCUUUGAAUUGUGGUACAUGUCUUGUCCUUACUAGCAUAGUGCUUAAGUAUUUUGCGGGAAGCAGUAACUUGAUUGUAGUUCCCAGUUGCUCAAAUGCUGGUUUGACUCUAGCCAGUAGCUAGUGAAAACUUAAAAGUGUCGCCAAUAAGAAACAAGCGCCUUAAAAACAAAAUAAACCCUCAGCACACAUCAAUCUGAUCCGUCUUAACAAAUUUAUAGCAGUGAAAUGAUACAUGUAUCUGAUUCACUAGAUUUGGUUCUGUGUUCGAUAGUUAAUUUUGUAACGUGUCGUUGUUAUGGAGUUAUUCCAAGUUGUAUUAGUCAUCUUAACUGUAUACUGUGAAUUGACUAAUUUUCGUGAGGUUUUAAUUUCGUUGCUUUCGUUUGCUUUUUUAUCCACGAAUUCGUAGGUCCACGAAGUAAUUACAGGUUUGUCAUAAAGCUACUUUUCGUAUGGGUAUGUACUUAGAAACCACGAAUUUACGCACCCAGUGUUUUUAUUUUUGGGAAACCACGAAUCGUGGGCCCCACGAAAAUAUCUGGUUUUACAGAAUGUCUUAAAAAAUUACAUGUAUCUAACGUAUCAUAACGAGGGACAUUGACUAUUUAUCGUCAAUACCUAGCUUCCGUACUAGUCAUAGUGAAUAAUAAAUAACAUUAGAUAAGUAUAUGAUUUACAGUACAUGUUUAUGAUCUUACAGAAACGGGAAAACUAGUCGGCACAUUAGGAGCAGUCGUCAGUAGAAUUAAAGUUAAGUGCAGUGCGUGACAUGACAGUAUAUACAUAUCUCAGUACUUGUAAAGGAUCACGGGCCAUCUUAUCUAUAAACAUUGCCCUGUUGUAAGAGAGCUAUUAAACUAUAUUUACAAAUAGAAUGUGUUGAACAUUCGGGGUUUUUUUUCUUCGAAAAAAAUCAGUAUAAGAAAAGACGGAGACAAAGGGAAUCCGGCGGUCGUUGUUGCAUGUGC